AGGUACAUCAUCAUCGGCGAUACGGGCGUGGGCAAGUCCUGCCUGCUCCUGCAGUUCACUGACAAACGCUUCCAGCAGGCACGUGCCCGCGCGCGCUCGCGCUCCCCUUUUGGGCCGGGCGGGCAGGGCGUCUGCGCUGUCAUCGCUCACUGCUGCUGCACCCUGCCUGCCUGCGGCCGCAGGUGCACGACCUGA